GACGAAGGAGUUGCCCUCUCCCAACAGCAUCAAAUUUAUGAUCACCUCAGAGAAGAAAGAUUAUAAAGAUAGAUGUGAAAGCUGGUCUCGCGACGUUAAUUUGAUGCAAAAUGCAACCGUUCUGAACAGUUAAGAAGAACUUUACGAUGCGGGACUCGCUCUGAGGUGUAAUUAUCCACGGAUGGACCUGGUGCCCGUCGGCUGAGACAUCAUUUACAAUCCGCUGUGAGACUGACGAGGCGGGACCGCCGACAGGAUGGUGGAGCGGUCGGACCGAGCCCCUCUGCUGGACUGGGAGGAGGUUCCGUCCGCGGAGAAGCCCGGCGGAGAGGCACCGGCGGCACCCCACGCCAAGGACCGACUGGCGAGCCCCUCCAACAGCCGUGUUGGGUGGAGCGGCAGUCCAGGGGGUCCCACUCCCAGCAGGUCUUUCUCCAACGCAGACGGCUGCAGCGCCCCACCCGCGACCUCCAGCAUCCCGGCGGGCAAGGAUGAAGCCCUGCGUCCCGACAGCGAGGAGCAUCUCUCGGAUCCAGGAUCGAGGGAGGUGUCGCUGGAGGACAGGAUGGUGAAAUGGGAGGAAAAGGACCAGAUUGUGUCGGUCUUUGUCGUUACAUUCAAUACCAGAUCAGGAAACAUGCUGGAGUGGUGUCUGCCCAAAGACAUGGACCUGGAGGGAGUGGAGUUCAAAGCCAUCGCCAGCGGCUCCCACCGAGUCACCACAGACUUCAUCUACUUCCGGAAGGGCUGCUACUUUGGCCUCGCCUGCUUUGCCAACAUGGCGGUGGAGAGCACAGUGGAGAGGGGGGCGAGGAUGAAGUCGGUAGGGAUCCUGUCACCUUCCUACACCCUGCUCUACCGCUACAUGAGCUUUCUGGAGCACCAGGUCAGGCUCCAGCUUCAGUCCCCGGGCCACUACUCCCCCCUGGAGGCCUUCUAUGAGGACAAGAGAGCACUUCUGCCCCCCAGUGGUGAUGGUGUUGUUACUGCAUGUCCAGCCAAUGCCUGGGGAGCUGCCAUCAACCACAGCAUGCACCCUGAGAUGAAGAUCACCCACCCUGCAGGCUGUAUGUCCCAGUUCAUCCGCUUCUUUGGGGAGCAGAUCAUGGUGCUGUGGAAACUGGCUCUGCUGCGCAGACGCAUCCUCAUCUUCUCCCCUCCACCUGUGGGUGUGGUCUGCUACAGAGUGUACUGCUGCUGUUGCCUGGCAAACAUCUCCAUCCCCGGGAUCGGCGUGGCCGUGCCCGAGUUCCGCCCGUUCUUCUACGUAAACGUGGCCGACAUCAGCGCCCUGGAGAACGAGCUCUCCUACGUGGCGUGCACUACUGAGAAGAUCUUUGAGGAGAAGAAGGAUCUGUACGAUGUGUAUGUAGACAAUCAGAAUGUAAAGACCUACAGAGACGGCCUGAAGCCUCUGCUCCGCCUCAGCACCGCAGACAGGGAGAAAUAUCGCAAACUCACAGAACAGAGGCAGAUGUUGCUGUACUCCCAGGAGGAGAAUGGAGACUGUGUGUCCAGUGAAGAGGAUCUCUUUAUUCUGUUUUUCCUGGAGCAGAACAACAGGAUUUUCCAGACCCUCAGCGAGGUGGCAGGGAGCUCCGAUCCCACGCUGACCCAGGAGAGCGUGAGGGCCAUGGGUCUGGAUCCCCACGGAGACAGGCUCUUCCUGCUCCACCUGCUGGAGAUCUACGGCUACGACACCCUGCUGGUGUCGGAGCAGCUGUGCUGCAGUUGAGAGACGACAGACGGCCGGCUUUCCGCCUUUCAUCACUGCUGAUUUAAAACUGGGGAUGAACUGCCUCGAGCAAACUCUGAGUGCUGCACUACUGGCUUCUUGGAGUCUUCAGGACCGUUUGGAACUUCUCUGGUAUCACGUUUUUUGUUGUAUAUCUCCCUGUGCUUCUUCUGUUCGCCGUGGUUUUGCUCCUGAUGGCAAGAGCAACAAAAACAGUCUCAUGUAUUAUAACAAAGAGUAUUAUGGUCAGUUCUACUUGAUAAAGCCUUGCAGAGGCUUACGAUGGAUUACUCACCCAAAAGUGAUUCUCUGGAUCGGGUACAGCUGGAGCAUUUUGACACUGAGCUGUGUUUGAAUGCCAUGGAUGGCAGGUUUAAACACAAGAUGAUGGCUUGAACUGUCCUGCGCGGACAUCAAGUUGAAUGAGACUUCCUCCAAGAUGAAGUCGUGAUUUGAAGAUUUUUAGUGAACAAAAAGAUUCAAUGUAUGAAAGUGAAAGAGAGGUAGCCGUCCUGUAAAUAAUAGUUUUUUCUUUUUAUGUAUAGUGUGUCAGCGUAUGUGUGAUAUGGGGUCCGCCUCUCUGCCAGUGUUGCUUUCCUUGUAUCAAGUGCUGGAUUUAAAACAUCUCAUUUUAAAGCCUCUUUGUCCAAAUCAGGGCCUCCUUUUUUGUAAUCUAACUUAGGUCACUACAAGCAGGUCAAACCACUUUUGUCUUCAAGAGUCAUGUCUGUAAGCACUGCUGUUUAACUAGACUAUAUAAAGACUGUAUAAAAGAAGUGGAUGUAGCUACUGUGGCGUCACCCAUUGGUUGGUGGACUAACAUUUUCGAAGCCUCAAGUUUGGCAUUUUUGCUGUCGCCAUUUGGGGUUUUUUGCAAACAGAACUGGACGAGAGGGUGGAGCUAUCGAGAAUCGAAGGGUGGAUCUGACUGAGAACCCAAGGACACCACCCUGGUAGCAACUUGUCAAUCACAAGGUAGACACACCCUAUAGCAUACCCUGCUUUAUUGUCCAUCUUACUCUAAAUGGGACCUUAAUUUACAAAAUAACAUCCUGCUGUAUUGAGGAAGACUUGAAACUAGCGAUUGAGACCAUCAAAAAUCAAGUGAGAAGUAGGGUCAUUUUCUCCUAGACUUCUAAACUUCUUUUUACAACCAGUGGAGUCGCCCUCUGCUGGCCAUUAGAAAGAAUGCAGGUUCAAGGCACUUCCAUAUUGGCUUCACUGCUCAGACCCGGAGAUAACCCCUUGACUGGCACUGAGACAAAAUGACCGAUUUGCAAUUCAGUGUUAAGACUAAUUAUUUUUAAGCUAAGACCAAAUCAGAUUUUCUAAUGAUGUCCAACAGGCAAGGGUGACGUCCACGUGGAUAUGGAGGCGAUUUGAAAAUGGCUUAUUUGCACCCGUGCUGUCAGCUGAGCCUGCACUUCAGAGGCAUAAGCUGUUAAAAAGCACUGUUUAGUCUUUAAUGCUUUUUCUCAAAUGUAUAGUCGUGUUUUUCAGCUCUCGUAUCAAGACAAAGACCGGCCUUCAGGGGGUGAGUUCGCAACUUCAGAUGAUUCUCUCAAUUCCAAGACACUGAGUUGAUUUAUCUAACAGCCAGCGUCUGCAGAAUAGAUCAUAGAGAAUCAGUUAAGACAUAACUUUUAAGCUUUGUACAUUUUAAAGCACACCAUAGCAGCAUAUGCUGUCAGCUUCGUUACCAGAGAGGUUGCAGUUGUUGGUAUCUUACGUUGUGUAUUGCUGUCGAUACAUGAGGUGGUGCAUCAAAGAAACAAGGUUCUUGGUUUAUCAGAAAUAAAGUGAGAAGCUUAAAGCUGCAUUAAUCACAUUUUUGACUUGUAGCAGACAGUGGAACUAAAAAAAGACAUACAUAGCUACUACAUCACUUGCUUGUUACGUAUUUAAUGGCUAAUGUGUUAGCAAACAAUGGCCCAAUUACACAUCCAGCUAACACAAAAAAAUAUGAGCAUUCUCGCGAAGUUUCUUUUAGCUCUACUUUGGUUUUCACUAAGUCCAAAGAAAAAUGGCUUUUAGUUUCUAGCUGUUCAACCUUCUUCGUUAGCUAGCUGCUAACUCGCUGCUGGAUAGAUAGCACACUUUACUUCUACUGAAAUGUUUUACCAAAAACAACACUUUAUGGAUGCUAAAAACAGUGUGUUUCAUAAAUGCAUUGUCUCACUUAGCCAGACCUGAGAAAGGGGAAAAGUCAGGGGGAAAAAAGCUCUGGCUGGUUUGUAUUUUUUAAACCAAUCAUAAUAAUCGUAGGGCGGCAUUAAGCCCACUAUAGUGUGCUUCAGGGAUGGCGUUUUUCCUCUAGGCUGAGGCGGAGCUUAGCGUCGCCCUGGUUCCCUCAUCAGUAAGCUAAUGGGAUUUUUCCAUUAGAUUUUGGAUUAGUGCAGAAAAUAAGCUCUGUGGCGAACACGUUUAUGAUACUUAUACUUUUCGUUUAGCAAUAUAAUCUUUACAAAUGAAUAUAUCUGAAUGAAAUGAUAAGAUGUAGGGCUACUGUUUUUUUUUGUUUGUUUGUUUUUUUCUGUAUUUUGUUUUUGGUUUUUUAAGUUGUGAAGCUUUCGUGACCCCUAGUGGGGGUCAGGACCUCCAGGUUGGGAACCAGUGAGCUAGAUUAUUAAAACCUGCCGUGAGGCUAGCUUCACCGAGCUUGAGUCAGUUAAUAUAAAAAACAGUGAAUAAUGCAGCUUUAAGCUAAGUUUUCCCCUUUGAUGGGACAGAGUUGAGCCUGCACACCUCCAUAGAUCAGGUAUACUUAAGAAAUUCACGUGCAAGGUCAGUGUUUUGGGGAAACCUCCUUUAGUAACCAUCACUACAUAAUUGCUGUAAGAAAAUACAUGCACUUAAAGAAAAAUUAAAUUCAAGUAACAUCACUUAGUCAAUCGCAUUGUUAAUUUGCUACUGAAAUUUCUGAUUCAAACACACAUGAAGCUAACCUGGUGCUUUUUUUACUCCAUGGGCUUUGUGCCUGGCACAUAGGAUGUACUCCCGCAACAACCUAAAGGUUAUUCUGUCAUUUUUGUGUUUUACAGUGAUCGUUUUUAUCCAUUGUAUUUCUUUUUAUUCAUAAUGUUUAUUCGUUUGUUUAGCUGUUGAUUGUUUUGAGUGUAAAUAGUCAAUUGCUGUAACAUUAUCUGUGAAGAAAUGGGAUCAGCUGAAUGUGUUUUAUAAGGCUACUAUGGUCCCACAGAGCCUCGUGUAUCACU